GCGGCCUGUCAGCUUUCCACAGGAAGCGGCCAUUUACCACGGCAGCUCUGCUGUGUUCUGGCGGAUUUCAGGUCAGCGUUCAAGGCCUUUUCCCCGACUUUAGGGAAGAGCCUGCGGGGCAGUGGCAUGUGCUGCGUCACCGUGUUUGUCCUUCUUUUCCUGACUCUGGAGUUACGGCUCUGCAAGUGGCCUUUCUGUGAGAGCAUCAUCCAGCAGACACAGGUCCUCUGCCUGCCUGCAAGUGACUCACGCUGGUGACUGGAGGCUGAGCCCUGCUGGCCCGGUCUGCGUAGCCCACACCUUUCCUAUAACACAGCCCAAGACACUGUGGCAGGCCAACAGCCGUGAGUUCAAGACUCCUAAGAAAUGGAAGGCCUCCGGAAGAGCACAUAUGGAGCCAUAGUUGAAGGGAGCGGGGAAGCCUACUGUGGAGCAGAAUCGGGCUGCCUGAGGAUCCUCCUGGUGGGUAAAUCUGGCUGCGGGAAAAGCGCCACAGGGAACAGCAUCCUCUGCAGAAAAGCAUUUGAGUCUAGGCUUGGAGCCCAGUCAGUGACCAGGACCAGCCAGGCAGAGACAGGCACAUGGAAGGGAAGGAGACUGCUAGUGGUAGACACGCCCCCCAUCUUUGGGUCAAAGGCCCAGAACCAAGACAUGGACAAGGACAUUGGAGAUUGUUACCUGCUGUGUGCCCCAGGACCCCACGUGCUGCUGCUGGUGGCCCAGCUGGGACGCUUCACAGCUCAGGACACCCUAGCCGUGAGGAGGGUGAAGGAGAUCUUCGGGGCAGGAGUCAUGAGGCACAUGAUCGUCCUCUUCACCCACAAGGAAGACCUGGCAAAUGAGACUUUGGAUGAGUUUGUGACCCACACUGACAACCACAGCCUGCGCAGCCUGGUCCACGAGUGUGGGAGGAGGUACUGUGCCUUUAAUAACAGGGCCUCAGGGGAAGAGCAGCAGGGACAGCUGGCAGAGCUCAUGGCCCUGGUGAGGGGGCUGGAACAGGAGUGUGAGGGCUCUUUCCAUAGCAACGACCUCUUCCUUCAUGCCCAUGUGCUCCUUAGUGAUGACUGCAGUGAGUACCAGGAAGCCUACAGGUGCUACCUGGCCAAGGUGAGGCAGGAGGUGGGGAGGCAGAAGCGGGAGCUGGAGGAGCAGGAGGGCAGCUGGGUGGCUAAGAUGCUUUGCAGAGUCAGGACAUGCUCGUGCUCCCAAAUCGCAGCAGCCGCCCUUCUUAUUGGGUGUGGUUUGAUUCUUAUUGGCAUUUUAAUUAACUUGUAUAUUAACCAGUGGAACUGAGCCUUUUCAGGUGAUUUCUGCCAUCAGCGCCCUCUCCCAAGGUUCACAUUUCUGUCUGCACUGGGGUACCUCAGUUUCACGCUCAUUUGACUCCCUUGAAUCAAGUAUGAAAGAAAAAGAACGUAUUUCUUAAGUCGUGAGCGUGAAUCAAGUAGUUCCAUCAUAAAGGCCCGGGUGCUAAUAUUCAGGCAUCUGCACUGGCCAGCCCUUAGGGUCCUGACAGGCUGCUCCUCAAGUGCGCCCACUAAGAACACCCCCAUGCACAUUAGCCAUGUUCCCCCAUAAAAGUCAAGCCUCGUCACCUCCUGACUCCUUCUCUUCCACCACUCUUGUCCCCAGGGACCAGUCUCUGGCACUCUCUCUGCCCCCUUUCCUGACCCUUCUUUCCUCUUCCAAUAAACCUCCACUGUGAGCCCUGCUGUUUGGCUUUACUCCUUCCUGCUGAUUUUUAAACUAUAAUCUUGGCGUCGGACCCGCGGCAGGCUCUUCUGGGCUUCCUCUUGCCCACUGGCAGCCUGAGGCAUGCCAAGACCCCGGAUCCCGGUCCACAGAUGACAGCCUCACUUGUCCAACUAACAGGUUGCGGAGCCCCGCCAACCAAAAUGGGCGUGAUUGGUCAGCCUCCCUUGUCUGGCCAUUUCCCACGAGUGAGGAUUCGUCUCUCUGCCAUGAUUUCUCACCUCUGGAACAAGCCCUGAUAUCAGGCAACCCACGUGUCUCUUGGGGCUCAGCACGCCAUGGCCCCUGGACCUUUGGGUGAUGACUCACUGGCCAGCUUCUGCCUUCUCAAUCAAUCACCUCAGAACUCCUGAACCCUCUGUUCAUUUUAUCUCCUUUUAGACUAAGAAAACAACACGCCUCAAACAUUUUGGGUUGGUAAGGACUUUGUAUGAUGAUAGAAAUGUAAAGUUAUAUGUGUUUCAACUCUGGUUUAGAAUAUACUCUAUAUAUAUAUCGUGAUAAAAAUUUAAGGUUAUAAAAAUCUAUUCAGGAGGUAAACUAUUUGAGAAGAGGAAAGAUAUGAACAAGAGUGGGGAGGGAUAAGAGAUGGUGUUGAGGACUGAAAAUGAACAAAAUGUACUAUAAAAAUGCAUGAAAAUGCCACACACUGAGACAAUGGGGAUGUUCUAUUGGGAACUCACCAAGGCCAGCUGGUCUGGGUCUGAAAAAACCUGGGAUAGA